AUGUGCCUGAGACCCGCGAUAUCUGCAACAGUCGGAACAAGCGGCGGCGCCGUCGCGGCGGCGAUUGACGCAGCACCGGGGCCGGCUGAGUGGGGCUCGUGGGGCGGACUCCAAGGAGGAACUGCGCAACCUACGCGAGGUGUCGGAGCGUUUCCGGCGGAAGGACGCGGCUCAGCGGCGAUGGCGGGGGCUGGUGCGACCGUCACGGACCUCCUGCUCAGUCGACAGCAGCAACGGCAGCAGCAGCAGCAGCAGCAGCAGCAGGAGGACGCAUGGGCGGACUACCGGCAACAGUGGGAGCGGCAGCGCGAAUCUCAGGGUCCUACGACUUUCAUUUGGACCGGCGACGGGUAUGCCAUAGGGACUGGCAAUCGAGGGCAGCAGCCUUUCGCCGACCUUCCGCCGCAGCCACAGGCGCAGGCGCCGGCGGCUCCCCCGCAGCAGCAGGGGGAGCCUUCUUGGCCGCAGAUGCCCGCUGCCGGCGGGCCAGGCGGAGGAGGCGCGGCGGCGGCGCCCAGUUCCGCGAGAGACAGUGAUGCGCGCAGAGGCGCGCCGUCGCACCUGCUGGCCCUGCUCUCCAACGCCGUGCAGAGGCAGCAGAAGCAGCAGAACCCGCAGCAGCAUCCGCAACAGCGCCAGCCGCAGCCGCAGCCGCAGCGGGCAGCGAACCACACGGAAAUGAUGGCGCCCGUCCUGCCGCAGCAGCAGCCACCACCAGCGCCACAAGACGCAUUGCAAGGCACGACGCCAUGGGUCGCCUCCGCCUCGCACUUCCAUCCCACCACGGCAGCACCAGCAGUAGCAACGGAGCCGCUCCUGCCUUCCUGGCAGCCCCUUCCGUCCCAGCAGCCCCUGCAGCCUCUGCAGCAAAUGGGACUGACUCUUCCCACUGUCACUCCUUACGCCGCUCCUCCGCUCGUGUCCCCGAGUUCUGUGGUGACCACAACGGGGGUUCCUGGCCACGCUGGCUUAUCCAUGGGAGCUGUGUACCCUGGAAUGGCGGGGCAUGGAGCUGUGGAUGAGAAGAAAGUCAAAAGAAUGAUGUCCAACCGAGCAUCGGCCAAGAGGUCGCGCAAGCGGCGGCAGGAGCGGCUGGAGGAGCUGGAGGUGCUGUCGGCGUCGCUGCACGUGGACAACGCGAGUGCGCAGCGGCGGCUGAACGAGGCGCAGGACACCAUUCGGCGCCUGCAGCGCUGCCAGCAGGCGCUGCAGCGCAGCGUUGCCGAGGCGCACGCACAACUGACAGCUGCCACCGCUGCCGCCACUGCUGCGGCUGCAACUGCUGCUGAAGAUGACGAUGGUGAUGACGAUGAUGAUGAUGAGGAGGAGGAGGAGGAGGAGGAGGAGGGGGAUGCUCCCUCUUCUGCUGCUACUCCUUCUGCUGCUGCUGUUGCUUCUGGUGGUGGUGGUCAGCAGAGUGAGGGCGCUGGUGAGAUGCUCGCCCCCCUCCACCCGCUGAAGGAGGAGAGGCUGCCGCUGCGCACGCCACUGGACCUUGCGGGGAGAUUGCGGGGAGGAAUGGUGGGAGGCUGGGGUGGAAAAAGUGGGGCUGCAGGAGUGGAUGCGGAGGAGGAGCAGAACGAGCAGGAGGAAGAGGAGGAAGUGGAGGAGGAAGAAGGGGGUGAUGAGGACUGUGGGGAUGGGAGUGAGGAGGUUGAGGAGGAGCUGGAAGAGGGUGCAGUGGGCGGGGAAAGUGCCGAGGCCGAAACGGGAGUGUUGAGUGGAUUGGAAGGGGGAAUAGGAUGUGAGGUGGCAGCGCCAGCCAUAGCAGUCGACUUUGACUCACUACUGGGCUCUGGACAAGGCAUCGUGAAUCCAAAUACUAAUGCUUCUGCCUCCUCCUGGAUGAACAGCUUCGGCCACAGCAUGGGGAGGGUGGGAUGA